UGGUAUCACUCAAACCAGAGGCGGAGGCCGCGGAAACAUGCAAUUCGAUUAAGGUAAUUUUGUAUCUCGCGAUCGCGCCAGUCGGGGUUCGUUACUUGAUGCGACCGGAGAAUCGUUAGUCAUUUCUGUUUGCCUUUGACGCGUGUGUCCGGGGCGGGUUCGAAAAAUGAAGAAGUUCUUGGGAGUUGUAGUGGUUUUUUGCGCAUCAUUCGUGUAUACGGUGGAUUCGGUGAAUCCCUCCGCGAAAGUGGACCUGACCGAAGCCGAAGAUCUAAAUAACAACGAUAACGGAUUUGUGAGUGUGUUCAAAAAUUAUCCAAAAAUUCAAGUGACGGUUGAUACCUCAAAGUUGAAACGUGUUGCUACUCCUGAAAAUGAAGAAAGCAGCUCUGGCAGUUCGGGUAGUUCCGGUUCGGAGUCGGCAGAACAACGCACGGUGGGAGUUCGCACCGAUAUUACGAUCGAAAUUUCCGAAGAAUCAGCGAAUGAAACUAACAAUGUCGAUGUGAAAGUGGACAGUAGGCGCAAGAACGGAACCGAACCUGGGAGGGGCGGUAAGGGACAGGACGAAGACGAUGACAACGCGAGUGUGCCCGUGUUUAAUGGAAUGAAUGGUAUUCCGACCAGGGAAAAACCCUCGAAACCAACCAUUUCGAAUCACAUUAACGGUGAUAGGCCUAGACCGGGAGUGUCGCUGAACGAAAGACCUCCGUUUAUGCAUACCCCGGAUGAACAUAAAUCGGGAGGUCCCUACGACGGAUGGAAUCGUUACCAACCAGUGAUGGGCGUGUGGACCACGGAGCGGCCGUACCUUAGAAGGAUUGAUUAUGAUUACAGAGGUAAUCCCAUCUUCGUGAAGAGCUACAUUCCGUACCAUGUGGGCCGACACGAUGAUUCCAGCGGGGUCGGAUGGAAACCGUGCUAUUGUAGUGCUUAUCAACCAUGGGACCGUGCCCCAUCGAAUCCGGUGUUGCCGACACCACGCCGAAAGGUACAGGACAAAGUAGACGUGCCCCACAAGCAGCACCGGGAUUGAUAUGCUUUUGAUUUAUGACGCACUGUACAUACUUUAAAAUGUUUCUUUUUUCAUUUCAAGCCUCUGUGAAAAUUUAAAGUUUAA